AUGGGAGCUUUACGCUGGCUCUCUAUUGCCGCUGCGGCAUCGACCGCAUUGGCUCUUACGCCUGAGCAGUUAAUCACUGCUCCACGGAGGUCCGAAGCUAUUCCUGACCCAUCUGGUAAAGUUGCGGUCUUUUCGACGUCGCAAUACUCCUUUGAGACUCACAAGCGGACCUCGUGGUGGAGUCUGUUGGACCUGAAGACCGGUCAAACCAAGGUUCUCACCAAUGACAGCAGUGUGUCCGAGAUUGUCUGGUUAUCCGACGACUCGAUUCUCUACGUCAAUGGCACCAAUGCAGACAUCCCGGGUGGUGUUGAGCUGUGGGUGACUCAGGCUUCGAGCUUUGGCAACGGGUACAAGGCUGCCUCUCUGCCGGCCUCCUUCUCAGGUUUGAAGACCGCCAAGACCAAGUCUGGCGACAUUCGUUUCGUAGCAUAUGGUCAAUCGUAUCCCAAUGGAACCGCGUACAAUGAAGAGCUUGCUGCCGCUCCUCUGAGCUCCGCUCGCAUCUACGAUAGCAUCUACGUGCGCCACUGGGAUUACUGGCUCAGCACCACCUUCAACGCAGUCUUCUCCGGCACUCUGAAGAAGGGCCAUGGACAGAAGGGCUACAGCUUGGACGGUGAGCUCAAGAACCUGGUUUCUCCCGUCAAGAAUGCCGAGAGCCCCUACCCACCGUUCGGUGGAGCGUCCGACUAUGACCUCUCUGCCGAUGGCAAGUGGGUCGCUUUCAAGAGCAAGGCUCCUGAGCUUCCCAAGGCCAAUUUCACCACAUCCUACAUUUACCUCGUCCCCCACGAUGCCUCGGAGACAGCCCGGCCCAUCAAUGGCCCCGACAGCCCCGGCACCCCUAAGGGUAUCAAGGGUGAUUCAAGCAGCCCUGUGUUCUCCCCCAAAAGCGACAAAAUCGCCUACUUCCAGAUGAAAGAUGAGUCGUAUGAAUCCGACCGCCGCGUCCUGUACGUCUAUUCUCUCAGCUCGAAGAAGACCAUUCCCAGUGUCGCAGGAGACUGGGAUCGCUCCCCCGACAGCGUCAAGUGGACACCCGAUGGCAAGACACUCAUCGUCGGAAGCGAAGACCUGGGUCGCACGAGACUCUUUUCUCUUCCUGCCAACGCAAAGGAUGACUACAAGCCCAAGAACUUCACCGAUGGCGGUUCGGUGUCCGCGUACUACUUCCUGCCCGAUUCCAGCCUGCUGGUAACCGGCAGCGCCCUCUGGACGAACUGGAACGUCUACACUGCUAAACCGGAGAAGGGAGUGAUCAAGACCCUUGCCUCUGCCAACGAGAUCGAUCCCGAGCUCAAGGGACUCGGUCCUUCUGACAUUAGCGAGUUCUACUACCAGGGCAACUUCACCGACAUUCACGCGUGGGUCAUCUACCCCGAGAACUUCGACAAGUCAAAGAAGUACCCCCUGAUCUUCUUCAUCCACGGUGGACCCCAAGGCAAUUGGGCCGAUGGCUGGAGCUCGAGAUGGAACCCCAAGGCCUGGGCCGACCAGGGCUAUGUCGUGGUUGCCCCCAACCCGACAGGCAGUACUGGAUUCGGUCAAGCUCUCACGGACGCCAUCCAGAACAACUGGGGCGGAGCCCCCUACGACGACCUCGUCAAAUGCUGGGAAUACAUCCACGAGCACCUCGACUUCGUCGACACCGACCACGGCGUCGCCGCAGGCGCCAGCUACGGCGGUUUCAUGAUCAACUGGAUCCAGGGUAGCCCUCUAGGCCGCAAAUUCAAGGCCCUGGUCAGCCACGACGGCACCUUCGUCGCGGACGCCAAGGUCUCAACCGACGAGUUGUGGUUCAUGCAGCGCGAGUUCAACGGAACCUUCUGGGACGCCCGCGAAAACUACCGCCGCUGGGACCCGUCCGCGCCCGAGCGCAUCCUCCAGUUCGCGACCCCCAUGCUCGUCAUCCACAGCGACAAGGACUACAGGCUCCCCGUCGCGGAGGGUCUCUCGCUCUUCAAUGUGCUGCAGGAGCGCGGCGUGCCGAGUCGGUUCUUGAACUUCCCGGAUGAGAAUCAUUGGGUCGUCAACCCCGAGAACAGCCUCGUGUGGCACCAGCAGGCCCUCGGCUGGAUUAACAAGUACUCCGGCGUCGAGAAGAGUAACCCCGACGCGGUCAGUCUGGAGGACACCGUUGUCCCGGUUGUGAAUUAUAACUAG